UUUGCUUUGUCCGUUUACCCUCGAACGGACGCGGACUGCGAGGAUGAAUCGCGAGUUGAAGUUGGCCUCAACGCUCGUCCGCUUCCUUUCACGUUCCAAGUUCAUGUCCCUGGUUCUUUUCGUUCUCACCCUUUUACCUCGCACUACGUUCUAAAAAACGGCCCUCGAAGGCUUGAACCCGUCCAACCCACGCCCCCGUCAUCACAGCAGCCACUACUCCAGGUACGGCGCGAGGCCAGAGCAGUGUACCACCCUGCCCGAGAAGCGUGAUGGCGCGCUGCCCCUGCGACUACUGAUGAGGUGAGCCGACGCAAUGACGCUGCAGAUGGAGCCGCCCCCGCCGCCGCCGCGGCGGUCCGUGUCGACGAGCUGCGACCUCCACCCGGAGGAGACCUUCACCGGGUUCUGCACCGCCUGCCUCCGCGAGCGCCUCGCCGGCCUCGAGGCCUCCGCGGCCGUGGCCGCCGCGCCGGGCCGCAAGUCCACCUCCGCCAUCCGCUCGCUCUUCUCCAGGCCUUUCGCCGGCGGCGCGGCCCCGUCGGGAUCCGGCGCCGCCCCGCCGGACCUUCGCCGCAGCAAGUCAUUCUCCUGCGGGCGCGGGGGCGACCCGCUCUCCGCGGCCAUCGCCGCCGGCGCGGAGGAGCCGCAGCGGUGGUCUUGCGACGUGCGCGGGCGCAGCACGCUCUGGGCGCUGUUCCACCAGGACGACCGCGAGCGCGUCCGCGACGGCACGGCGUUCGGCGCGUUCCCCGCCUCGUCCUCUGCCGCGGCCGCGGCGCUCCCCGCCGAAGUCCGUCAUCUGCCACCGGGUCCACCGUGCGUCCCCGGGAUCUUCUUGGAGGACGAGAUCGUUAUGUCAGAGAGCUCCGACGAGAUAACUCCGGUGGUGGAUCCCGUCUUGGUGGUCGGCACCUCGGGAGAGAUGGAAACCGAAGCUUAUGCGACUGGCGAGGUCAAGGCCAUGAAGGAUCACAUAGAUCUCGAGUCCUCGCAGCCCAAGAAGCCGCCGCCCAUGGACCUGAAGGAAAUCGCCGGGAGCUUCCGGCUCGCGGCCUCGGUCUUCAGCAAGAAGUGGCACAAGUGGAGGCGCAAGCAGAAGCUGAAGAAGGAGGAGUCAGCCGGCAGCAAGGCAGCGGCCGCGGCAAUGCCGCCGUCUGAGAAGCCCUCGAAGCCGUCAUUCCUUCGGCGGAGUCGACUUCGUGGGGAAGGCUGCUCAGAGUUCGCCGGAGGCCGUCGUUCGUGCGACACGGACCCAAGAUUCUCCCUUGAUGCUGGCCGCAUGUCCGUCGACGAUGCAGGCCUAUCCUGGGACGGACCCCGUGCGUCCUGGGACGGCUACCUCUUCGGCGCCGGUGCCGGCAUUGGCCUAGGCCGAGCGCCUCCGCCGAUUUCACGGCUCCCGCCCAUCCUCUCCGCGCUCGAGGACUCGCCUGCCGGUGUGGUGGAGCGCUCCGAUGGCCAAAUUCCAGUGGAAGACGACUCGCAGCCCGAGCCCGACGGCGACGCCAACACCCCCGGCGGCUCGGUACAGACGCGUGAUUACUACAUGGACACGUCGAGCCGGAGGCGCCGGAGCCUGGAGCGAUCAAGCUCGGCGCUGAGAAGGUCGUUUGACGUGCCCGACACAAAGCCAGCGCCUGCAGCGGCCGCCAUUACCAAUGCCAAGGCGCCCCCCCUGAUCGGGAGCUCAGAGUUCUACCACUUCCACCAUGCCGAAGACCUGCUCGACCAGCGGUUCAGCUUCAACUCUCUCAUCGAAGACUUCCCCGUGACCCUGGAUGCCGCGUUCCCGGGCCCCGCCAAGAAACCACGGCGUCUGGGCAAGGCGUGGAGCCUCUGGGGCUUCAUACACCGCAGGGCCACCGGCCGCCGGAACGGCCCGUCCGACGUCGCGGACCGGGCGUUCUCUGAGCCGUGGCCGGAGCUGCCCGUCCGCGGGUACAACAACGCCAGGAUGCAGAGGUGCAGCAGCAACGCCAGCGCGCGCAGCUCCUUCAGCAGCAACAGCGCCGGCCUGGGCAGCUCGCGGCGCUGCUUCGUCGACGGCAACGGCAACGGACACGGCCACGCGAGCGUGAAGCGGCGACAAGAAGACCAGUGCGCGCUGGAGCGGAACCGCAGCGCUCGGUACUCGCCGGGGCACCACGCGGACAACGGCAUGCUGCGGUUCUACCUGACGCCACUGCGGAGCGCCAGCGGCCGGCGCGGCACCAGCGGGCAGCCGGCCAACGGCGGCCGGCAUCUGCGGUCGCAGUCGUUCGCGAGGAGCAUGCUUCGGCUGUACUGAGACGUGAGGUCUGGUUUCACCUGACUAGUUGGGGUCGAAUUGUUUAUUUGCAGCAGCAGCAGCAGCAGUAGCUAAGUAAGAUUUACCAGUAGUAUUAAGGUCUAAUUAAGGGCGAUGGUAUAGUCAUAAAUCCUUUUUUACAUCCUUGUGUAGUGCAGUGCAGUGUUCCCCUCUGUCCAUUUGGGGGGUUUGGAUGGAACGAACGAACGGACGAGGUUUUAUC